AGGGGAACUUCAUCAAUGUAAACUUUAAUCAGUUCCGGUGGUAAACGUAAAAUUAUUAUAGGCUUUAUCAUAUCCGAUUGUUUCCGAUGAAUAACGGGGAUUCUAUACAGUGCAAAAUCGUCUGAAUAUGUCAAAAUGGCCAAUAGUGAUCGCCAUUUUCGCUGCUGCUAUUGGUUACCAGAUUUACAACUCAUUACGUCACCCCAUUCCCCUGGAUUUGGAGGAUAGUGACAAAAUAUCGGUACUGGACGCCAUCGGUCGUACCGGAAACAGUCUGGUGUUGACUGCAGCGAAGAUUGGAGUGGACCUCGCGGCAAUAAAACCAGUAAAAUCUCUGGUGGACAGUGUGUACUCUUUUAUUCUGAAUGGAUUCUCUCCAGAAGCAAAUAAAGAUAUUGAGAUUCUGGACACAGCGAUAGCAGACGUUCCAGUGCGUGUGUUCAUUCCAAGGAAACAUAAGACUGUCAUCUUUCCCGCCAUGAUAUACCUACACGGGGGAGGCUGGUCCUGGCUAUCCGUUGAUGUCUACAGUCGAUUUCUCAGCCAUCUUUCUAACGCCACGGGAUUACUGAUCAUUGCACCAAGAUAUCGACAAUCUCCUGAACAUGUCUUUCCAGCCAAUCUGGAAGACUGCCGUAAUGUUACUUGGGCAACGUUGGCGGGGAAAAGUGGACUUUCAAUCCAUACUGGUUAUGUCAUUAUUGCCGGAGAUGAGGCUGGUGGCAACAUGGCGGCUUCUCUGGCUACAGAAUUUCGUUCCAAAAUUUUCAUGCAGAUCCUUAUAAAUCCUAUGUUGCAAAUGUUUGAUUUCCAUACCCCAUCCUUCCAAGAUCAUAAAGAAUUGCUAACAGGUGUGACAUCACCUGCAAGAUCAGCUAUUCGGUGGUUAAGAUAUACUGGUCAUUCUGUAAGCUGGUUCCCAGCCUUACUUAAGAAUGCUCAUCGAUUCCCUUCACCAGAAGUCAUGAAACACCAAUCAUAUUUAGACUCAAAAACUUACCUACCUUCCUACCUCAAGCUGACAGAGUCGCAUACUAUUCAAUCAAAGGAAUACGACAGUGUUAUAAGCAAUAAAUUGAAAAACUUAAUAGUUUCGGAAUCUCUUUGCCCAGCACUAACCAAUAAUGUUAGAGGUGUUCCCAAUGUUUAUAUAAUAACUUCCCAAUUCGAUGUGUUUAGGGAUGAGGCAGUCAUGUACGUCACGAGACUGCAUCAAGAAAGUGGUUCCAAGGUGAAAUUAAAACACUACAAACAAGCCUUCCAUGGCUUCUUUCCGUUUGCUGGAAACAAAGGGUGGUUUCAGUUUAAAGUGAGUGACCAGGCUCUACAAGAAUUGGUUGAGUUUAUCAGCUACCAGGUGCACAGAGUGAUGAAAAACCCAAUUUCUUAGCAAAGUCUGAUGAACUGAAGUAUUCAAAACAAACCUUU